UAUGUUCUUAAUCUCUGAAAUAAUUUAGUAAUCUACUCGUUAAUUACACAUAAAUUAAAAUGAUAAGAGAGCCAAGCUUAUAAUUUAUGUAUAUUAUGAGAAAUAACAUGAAUCGUCCCAUGUAUGUGAUCCAAUAUCCUAAUGGACAAGGUGGUAUGUUUUUAUAUAUCCAUACUUUCUGAGUUUGAAACUUCCUUACAUUCCUCAUUAGGGCAUAAACCAGGCAGUAUUUCCAUUAUAUGAAAAACAACUUAAACAUUAUUGUCAUUUUUCUAUCAUUUAAAAAAAAAAAAAAAUUUGUUCCUCCUGCAGCUGACCUGCUAGUACUUCCCUUGAUUCCUGCUCACUCUGAAGCUUCUGGAGAUCAAAUGCUUCAUGGAGUCAACUAUGCAUCUGCAGCUGCUGGAAUCUUUGAUGCCACUGGCAGAAACUUUGUGGGAAGAAUACCUUUUGGUCAACAAAUAAGGAACUUUCAGAAUACACUUGAUCAGAUAACAGACAAUCUUGGUGCCGAUGAUGCUGCUCGAUCGAUUGCCAAGUGCAUCUUCUUCGUCGGAAUGGGCAGCAAUGACUACCUAAAUAAUUACCUUAUGCCCAACUAUCCAACUAUGAAUCAUUACAAUGCCCAACAAUAUGCUGAUCUCUUGGCUCAAGAAUAUACACGGCAGCUCACUAGACUUUACAAUCUGGGUGCCCGAAAAUUUGUUAUUGCUGGAUUAGGGAGACUGGGUUGCAUUCCAAGUAUUUUAGCCCGAAAUCCAAGUGGAACCUGCUCAGACGAAGUUAAUUGCCUUGUUCUACCUUUUAAUGCUAAUGUGAAGACAAUGAUCAACAAUCAAAAUACCAACUUACCUGGUUCGAAGUUCAUUUACAUUGACAUUGCUCGUAUGUUCGAAGACAUGCUUCUCGAUCCUAGAACAUAUGGAUUCAUUGUUGCAAACCGUGGAUGCUGCGGUCUUGGGCGUAACAGAGGCCAAGUUACAUUUCUUCCUCUCCAAACAUCAUGCCGAAAUCGAGACCAAUAUAUCUUCUGGGAUGCAUUCCACCCGACCGCAGCAGUGAACAUCAUAAUUGGGAGGAAAGCUUUCACCGGGGACCGUACGGAGGUUUAUCCCAUGAACAUACAGCAGCUUGCCACUCUUGACAUCGAAAGGAACCAGUAGAAAAUGUGGUCGUUUAAGUUUACAGAAAAAUGUUACACGUCAAAGAGUUGAUGCAUGUACUUCUAAUACCACUAUUGGUUUAAAACGU